AACUUAAAAUAUACCUUUCCCUGUCUCUCGAGUUUCUUCUCCGCAUAAACACAAACAUAUAUAUAGAACCAACACAACUCAAACACAAACCAGACAGUUUCAAGAAAUGGGAACGCAGCUGCACAUGCAUUCUCACGCUACACUCCCAUUUUCACCGCUCAAUAAAACCCUCAUUUCUUCCCCACCACUUUCUUUUUUCAGCCAAAGACUGCAGCAUAACAGAGCCUUUGGUCUUGCUAAAAAUGUUAAUAGAGAUUUUAAGAGAAGAAGGGAUGUGGGUAUUGUGGUAGCUUCAUCGUCAAGUAAUGUGGCGUUGUGGGAGAGCUGGAAGCCGGAGAAGGGCGCGAAAUCUCCGUCGCUGAGCGAUGUGGUGUGGCCUUGUGCUGGUGCGUUUGCGGCCAUGGCGGCGUUGGCUAAAAUUGAUCAGGUUUUGGCGAGUAAAGGGCUUUUUAUUACUAUUGCUCCUUUGGGGGCGGUUUGUGCUGUUCUUUUUGCCACUCCUUCUUCGCCUGGCGCUCGGAAAUACAAUAUGUUUAUGGCUCAAAUUGGUUGUGCAGCUAUCGGAGUCUUGGCAUUUUCAGUAUUUGGUCCCGGCUGGCUAGCUAGGAGCGCUGGCCUUGCUGCAGCUAUCGCUUUUAUGAUUCUCACAGGCGCGGUACAUCCACCAGCUGCAAGCUUGCCAAUAUUAUUUAUCGAUGUUGCGAAGAUGCAGCAAUUGAAUUUCUGGUAUGCAUUGUUCCCUGGUGCUGCCGGAUGCAUUCUCCUCUGUUUAAUACAAGAAGUGGUGAUGUAUCUGAAGAACAACUUCAAAUUUUAAGACUGGGUGUAUGCAUCACUGCAUGUGGCCUCUGGUAUUAUACUGUCUCAAGCCAUGUUCCAUUGAAAGGCCGUAAAUUAUGGUGUCUUACUCAUCCUCCGCAGACAACUACCCACUAUCGCUGCAGUAAUAGCAUUAUACCAGCGGUUUAUUAUUAGUAUAUAAUAUAUAGGCAAGUACUUUUAAAAGGGUUUAUUCUUUUGCAUAAUUCACAUGCAAAUACAAAAUUCAGAUGAUUUCCUAGAAAUUUCCGAUAUGAAAGCAUCAAUUUAUCGGUCUCCGAAUUUGAAAGCA